AACAUCUGGGGCUCCCAGGGGUUGUCACCCACUACAUGUAAAGCUUUUUUUUUUUUUUUUUUUUUAAGGGCCCGGUGGUGAGUGCCUAUAAUUCUAGUACUUGGAGGGUAGAGGCAAGACAAGCAGGAGUUCAAGGUUAUCCUCAGGCACGUGGAGAGAUGAGGCUAGCCUGAGCUACUUAAGACUCUCUCAAAAAGAAGCAAGCAAGCCAACAAACCCAGAGAAACCAACGACCACCCCAACUCUGAAACCCACCAAUGUAGCAGGAGUCAGGACACUAAUCUUGUUUGUAUGUUCAUGUGUAUGGCGACCAGGGGACAACCUCAGGUGUCUUCUUCUGGUGCUGUCACCUUUUAUUCUGGAGACAGGGUCUCUCACUGGCCUGGAACUCAUCAGAUGGAGUGGGCUGUGACCAGUGAGCCUCAGGGAACUGUUGGUCUUCACCUCAAUGCUGGGACUGUAUACACCUCUCGCACACCAGACUUUUCCUGAGUGAAUUCUGGAGUCUGCACUUGGGUCCUAACGUUUGCAACUCAAGCACACAGGACACAGGACACUAAUUUUACCUCUGUCCACGUUGGUCAUGUGACCUUGGCAAAGUCUCCUGUCAGCUUUGAGCUGCCUCAAAAAAAAUUUUUUUUUAAUAGUGUAGAUGAUAGCUAAACUUCUUUGGACCCCAGAGUCUUCAUUUGUAAGAAUAGGUAUUUACCUAUUUCUUGGGAUUAUAUGAGCUAAUGCAGUACUCCAUAUCUGCACAGUUCGGAGGUGUCUGCGACUCCUUUUCUGUCAAUGUUACUGUGUCCUGGGGACAAUGCCUCUAUUGAGGGGCGCAGGUGUGGUGUGCAAAGUGUGAAUGGAUGUGGGGGGAGGAGACCUUAUCCACAGGAGUUAGCCAAGCAAAAGAAGAUGGGCAGCCGACUACAGGUUGUAGUCAAAGGCCCCUCCAGUCUUGGGGAAGACUGUGGGAAGAUAUCCACUCUACAGAGCUUAGGGUCAGUUUCUGGCAAGGCAGGCCAUUUUGCAUCCUAGAAGGGUAAGGUUCAUCCUAGAGAAGGUGGGAUCCCGUUUCUGAAUCCGCUCCAUCCCUUCCCAGCCAGGCGACCUUGGGGCAGUCACUUUUCUUCUCCGGGGCCUCCUCUGCAAAAUGGGGCUCCUCGUUCCAUUUCGCACUUUGGGCAUCUGAGGACGACGUGUCGACAUAAUGCCCAUGGCUGGCGACGUCAAGGGCCGGCGAGUGGCAUCUGUUAUGUUAAUAAGUCCUUGAGGCGGGCGGGUUCCUAACUGUCGGUUUGUGCUCUGGCUUAGCGGUUCCCUCCGCAGCGCCUCGGUUUUUCCGCUCCGCCGCCUCUCGACGCUUGCUUGGCAGGUCUCGACGGACCGCGGCCUCGGGUGCCGUUACUAUUGUUCUUCGAGGCUGAGCUCUCUCCCUACAGACGUGCCCUUCGGUCUCUCCCUCAGCUCCGCACCGCGCCGCGGAGAUCCUCAGCCGUCCCGGAUCACCGAUCUUUCCCGAGAAAGAGUGUCAGCUCCUGCGGCGUUCCCGAACAGCGGCCGAAGGCGCUCCCGAGCGCUCCCGAAGAAGCCCGGCCGCUCGCGGUCUCCGGAAAUAGCCGAGAGAGCUUGCCACCCUCGGUCUGCCGAGUCCUUCCGAAAAGGGCCGAAAAGCUCCGAGCGGCCGUCCUGCCGGACUGCUGGAGGCGGCCGCAGCGCCAUGUUGGAUGCUCUGCUCGUUGAGUGAAGAAAAUCCGUCCGCAUCGCCCGAGCCCCGCUACCGAGAAGGGCGCCGCUUCCCCCGGGGAGGGGGACAGAGACCCCCCGCCGCCGGCCCAUGAGGAUAUUGCCGUGAAAGGUCCGGUCUCUCCGCCUCCUGCCCCUGCCGGGUCCGGCCCCCCCCUCCCCGGGGUCGCGUUGUCACGGAGACCGGCAGCCGGUGGUGCUGGCCCGCGGGGCGGCUGCUGCUGCCCGCGGCGGCGGCGGCGGAGGCGGCGGCGGCGGAGGGCGUGUGUGACCGGUCCCGGCCCCCUCCUCCUCCUCCUCCCAGCCUCCCCCCGGCCCCCCGCUCCCGCCGCCUCCCCGGGUCUGCCCCCAUCCCGCCCCUCCGCUGCCCCCGGCCCCUGCACCCCGGCGCGCCCGGUCCCGCUCUGGGGGGGUUGGUGGCUUCGCUUUGCCAUGAGUUUACCGCAGAAACCGGCUCUGAAAUCAGGCUCAGCGGCUGCAGCAGGAACCGGACCCGGCACCGGAGCGGCGGCGGCGGCGGCGGUACCGCCUCCUCAUCCGGCGGCAGCGGCGGCGGCGGCGGCAGUAGCGGCAGCGGCGGCCCCUCCUCACCCGAACAUCAGGGCCCUCCAGACCCCGGCGCCCCAACAGAUUCCACGAGGACCGGUGCAGCAGCCUUUGGAGGAUCGGCUCUUCCCACCUACGGUCUCUGCAGUCUAUAGCACGGUAACACAAGUAGCGAGACAGCCAGGACCCCCCACCCCUGCCCCUUACUCAGCACAUGAAAUAAGCAAGGGGCUCCCCAGUCUUGCGGCCACGCCCCCGGGACAUGCAUCGUCCCCUGGACUCUCUCAAACCCCUUAUCCCUCUGGACAGAAUGCAGGUCCAGCCACAUUGGUCUAUCCUCAAGCCCCUCAGACAAUGAACUCACAACCUCAGGCCCGGUCUCCGCCCGGCAGAACAGUGCCAAUACAUUGCACAGACACCCGGAAGAGGAGGAAGGUUUUGGAACAGAGCCCCGUUUACAGGUCCUUGGCUGGAAGAGGCUGGAUAAAAUACUACAUUUUUUUCCAGAGGCCUCAAAUCCAGCCUCCCCGAGCUGCCAUCCCAAACAGCAGUCCUUCCAUCCGUCCCGGUGUGCAGACCCCCACCGCCGUGUAUCAGGCCAACCAGCACAUCAUGAUGGUUAACCAUCUGCCCAUGCCGUACCCCGUGACCCAGGGGCAUCAGUACUGCAUACCACAGUACCGCCACAGCGGCCCUCCGUACGUGGGGCCCCCACAGCAGUAUCCAGUUCAGCCGCCUGGGCCGGGGCCUUUUUAUCCUGGACCAGGACCUGGGGACUUCGCUAAUGCUUAUGGAACGCCUUUUUACCCAAGUCAGCCAGUGUAUCAGUCAGCACCUAUCAUAGUGCCUACGCAGCAGCAGCCCCCUCCAGCCAAGAGAGAGAAAAAAACUAUAAGAAUUCGAGAUCCAAAUCAGGGAGGUAAAGACAUAACAGAGGAGAUUAUGUCUGGAGGUGGCAGCAGAAAUCCCACUCCACCUAUAGGAAGACCCGCAUCCACUCCCACUCCUCCUCAGCAGCUGCCCAGCCAGGUCCCUGAGCACAGCCCUGUGGUAUAUGGGACUGUGGAGAGCGCUCAUCUUGCUGCCAGCACCCCUGUCACUGCAGCUAGCGACCAGAAGCAAGAAGAAAAGCCAAAACCAGAUCCAGUGUUCCAGUCUCCUUCGACGGUCCUUAGGCUCGUACUCAGUGGGGAGAAGAAAGAGCAAGCAGGCCAGAUGCCUGAGACUGCUGCAGGAGAGCCCACCCCAGAGCCUCCUCGGACUUCAUCACCCACCAGCCUUCCUCCACUUGCCCGGAGUUCACUUCCUUCCCCCAUGUCCGCUGCCCUUAGCAGCCAGCCACUGUUCACUGCUGAGGACAAGUGUGAACUUCCUUCCUCCAAAGAAGAAGAUGCACCUCCUGUCCCCAGCCCCACGUCUUGCACAGCAGCCUCAGGCCCUUCACUAACAGAUAACAGUGAUAUAUGCAAGAAACCCUGUAGCGUAGCGCCUCAUGAUAGUCAGCUAAUUUCUAGUACUAUCCUAAUUAAUGAAAUGAAUGGAGUUGGAGAAAAAUUAUCAGCCAAGGAGAACACUGUGGGCAUGCUGAGACAGGAAGUGCUGCCAUUGACUCUCGAGUUAGAGAUUCUGGAACAUCCACAGGAAGAAUUGAAAGUGGAAUGUACGCCGACUCCCAUUGCCCCGUCCAUGCUGCCUGCCUUCUCCCCAGCUCCUCCGACUCCCCCCACUUCUCCUCCUUGUCCUCCGGUUGUCCUCUCUGCCGCCAUUGCUCGUUCUCCCGCUGUUGCCACUGAGGUCCAGAGAGUCGCCGACGAGGGAGAAAGCCUGAGAACUUGCCUUAGCAAGGAUGCAAAGGAGAUGCAGGACAAAGCAGAGUCAGAAUCAGAUGGGCAAGCAGAAGAGACUGCGGAUCCCCAGAGCCUACAUUCAGGAAGGAGCCCCGCCCCAGUGCAAACAGCUACCACUGCGCCAAAGUCCUGGAAGAAAACAAAAGAGCAGACCCGAACCCCAGAUGAAGUGUUAGAAGCAGAGGCAGAGCCUAAAGCCGAAGAAGAGCUUGCAGUUGACAGUGUCCUUGAGCCUGAGCAAGAGAAGAUGAGCCAAGGGUUUCCGUCUGAGAGAGACCCCUCUGCCCUGAAGAGAGGGAAAGCUGAGGAAGGAAACGGAGAAGAGGCUGAGCCUGUGCGAAAUGGCGCUGAGAGUGCUUCUGAGGGGGAAGGGGGAGAUGGCAACUCAGGCUCUGCUGACAGCUCUGCUGAUGGGCUCACCUUCCCGUUUAAAGCAGAGUCCUGGAAGCCUGCAGAUACAGAAGGCAAGAAGCAGUAUGACCGGGAGUUCCUACUGGACAUCCAGUUUAUGCCCGCCUGUAUCCAAAAACCAGAAGGCCUGCCUCCCAUCAGCGACGUGGUCCUUGACAAGAUCAACCAGCCCAGAUUGUCAAUGCGGACCCUGGAUCCUCGCAUUUUGCCUCGAGGACCUGACUUCACCCCAGCCUUUGCAGACUUUCCAAGGCAAACGCCUGGUGGAAGAGGUGUGCCUCUGUUGAAUGUUGGACCUCGGAGGUCUCAACCUGGCCAGAGAAGGGAGCCCAGAAAGAUAAUCACUGUCUCCGUAAAAGAAGAUGUGCACUUGAGAAAGGCGGAGAAUGCCUGGAAGCCGAGCCAGAAACGGGACAGCCACGCCGAUGACCCCGAAAGCAUUAAAACUCAGGAACUUUUCAGAAAAGUUCGAAGUAUCUUGAAUAAACUGACACCACAGAUGUUCAACCAGCUGAUGAAGCAAGUGUCGGCUCUUACGGUGGACACGGAGGAGCGGCUAAAAGGGGUCAUCGACCUUGUCUUUGAGAAGGCUAUCGAUGAGCCCAGCUUCUCUGUGGCGUACGCAAACAUGUGUCGGUGCCUAGUAACGCUGAAGGUGCCCAUGGCAGACAAGCCUGGCAACACAGUGAAUUUCCGGAAGCUGCUGCUUAACCGCUGCCAGAAGGAGUUCGAGAAAGACAAAGCAGAUGAUGACGUCUUUGAGAAGAAGCAGAAAGAACUGGAAGCUGCCAGCGCUCCAGAGGAGAGGACAAGGCUUCACGACGAACUGGAAGAAGCCAAGGACAAAGCCCGGCGGAGAUCCAUCGGCAACAUCAAGUUCAUUGGAGAACUCUUUAAACUGAAAAUGCUGACGGAGGCCAUCAUGCAUGACUGUGUGGUGAAGCUCCUGAAGAACCACGAUGAAGAGUCCCUGGAGUGCCUGUGUCGCCUGCUCACCACCAUCGGCAAAGACCUGGACUUUGAGAAAGCAAAGCCACGCAUGGACCAGUACUUUAACCAGAUGGAGAAAAUCGUCAAAGAAAGAAAAACUUCCUCCAGAAUUCGGUUCAUGCUUCAGGAUGUAAUCGACCUCAGACUGUGUAAUUGGGUGUCCCGAAGAGCAGAUCAGGGGCCAAAAACUAUCGAGCAGAUUCACAAAGAGGCCAAAAUAGAAGAACAAGAGGAGCAGAGGAAAGUCCAGCAGCUGAUGACCAAGGAGAAGAGGAGACCAGGCGUCCAAAGAGUGGAUGAAGGUGGAUGGAAUACUGUACAAGGGGCCAAGAACAGUCGUGUACUGGACCCCUCCAAAUUUUUGAAAAUUACUAAACCCACCAUUGAUGAGAAGAUUCAGCUGGUUCCUAAGGCACAGCUGGGCAGCUGGGGCAAAGGCAGCAGCGGGGGAGCAAAGGCAAGUGAGUCCGAUGCCUUACGGUCAAGUGCUUCCAGUUUAAAUAGAUUCUCUCCUCUGCAACCUCCAGCACCUUCAGGGUCCCCGUCGGCCACACCCUUAGAGUUUGAUUCCCGAAGGGCGUUAACCAGUCGUGGGAGCAUGGGCAGGGAGAAGAGCGACAAGCCAAUUCCAGCUGGAACAGCCCGUCCCAACACGUUCCUGAGGGGCAGCAGCAAAGACCUGCUGGACAACCAGUCCCAGGAAGAGCAGCGCAGAGAGAUGUUGGAGACCGUGAAACAGCUGACAGGAGGCCUGGAUGCUGAGCGGGCCAGCACUGAGGCCGACCGAAGCAAAACGAGGGAGCUAGCAAAAUCGGAAAUGUGUGCAGUGCCAGCCCCUGACAAGCCUGCACUGUCAGAAGAGGAAGUGGAGAGGAAGUCCAAGUCUAUCAUUGACGAAUUCUUACACAUCAAUGACUUUAAGGAGGCCACGCAGUGCAUAGAGGAGCUGAGCGCCCAGGGCCCACUGCAUGUGUUCGUGAAGGUGGGUGUGGAGUUCACCCUGGAACGGAGCCAGAUCACCAGGGACCACAUGGGCCACUUACUGUAUCAGCUGGUGCAGUCAGAAAAACUCAGCAAGCAGGACUUUUUCAAAGGUUUUUCUGAAACCUUGGAGUUGGCAGAUGACAUGGCCAUUGAUAUUCCCCAUAUUUGGUUGUACCUGGCUGAACUGGUCACCCCCAUGUUAAAAGGAGGGGGGAUUUCCAUGAGAGAACUUAUUGUGGAAUUCAGCAAGCCAUUACUUCCUGUUGGCAGAGCUGGGGUCCUGCUUUCUGAAAUCCUACACCUUCUAUGCAGACAAAUGAGCCAUAAGAAAGUAGGCGCCCUGUGGAGGGAGGCUGACCUCAGCUGGAAGGACUUUUUACCGGAAGGGGAAGAUGUCCAUCAUUUUCUCUUGGAGCAGAAGUUGGACUUCACGGAAUCCGAAGGGCCCUGCUCCUCUGAGGCACUGUCAAAGAAGGAGCUGUCUGCCGAGGAGCUGUCUCAGCGCCUGGAAAAGCUCAUCAUGGAGGAGAAAGCGGAUGACGAGCGGAUCUUUGACUGGGUGGAGGCUAAUCUCGACGAAAGCCAGAUGAGUUCGCCUACAUUCCUUAGAGCUUUAAUGACAGCCGUUUGCAAAGCAGCUAUCAUAGCUGACUGUUCUACCUUCAGAGUGGACACUGCUGUGAUCAAGCAGAGAGUGCCGAUCUUACUCAAGUACCUAGACUCAGACACGGAGAAGGAACUACAAGCACUUUAUGCACUACAAGCAUCCAUAGUAAAACUUGACCAACCUGCCAACUUGCUCCGGAUGUUUUUUGAUUGCCUGUAUGACGAGGAGGUGAUAUCAGAGGAUGCCUUCUACAAAUGGGAGAGCAGCAAGGACCCCGCUGAGCAAGCUGGGAAGGGCGUGGCCCUCAAGUCUGUCACGGCCUUUUUCACGUGGCUUCGAGAAGCAGAAGAGGAGUCCGAGGAUAACUAAUACUUCAAAUACACAAACGAAACAAAAGAAACAAUUUAAGUAUUUUUUUAAAAAGUUUCACGUCUUCGCCAAUCACAGUGCAGCAAGGCCAACUCUCGCAGAAACCCCACGUGUGCGCGAGUGGGAGAGGGGACAGGAAUCAGGUGAUCAUGGAGGAUAAAGGUCCUGGAACAAGGAAACAGCAAACCCGAGGGCGGGCGCUCCAAAACCAAAAUACAUGUACUAUUUAUAGAAAAUAUUUUCUGUUUUAAUCUUUUCUUUUUAAACGAGGACUCAUACUUUAAAAAAAAAAAUAAAAAAAAAAACACAUUUAGCAAAAAAAAAAAAAAGAAAAAAGAAAAAAAAGAAAAAGAAAAAAAAAACAGUUGAACUUUAAUUUAUUUUAAGGACUGCAAAUGCCAGUGUAAUUUUUUUAAUUUGCAGUUUCUGUAAACAACUUGUAUAAUAGAAAAGCAGAGAAAUAAAUUUCCCUUCCCUUCAGAUGCACCGCACAUUUGUGUUAAGGCAUAGCUGUUAGUCCCGAUUUGAGAAGGUUUGGGGUGAACGAGGUAAGAAAGAUCUUUUUUCCCUUCCCCGGCCCUUUUCUUGCUCCACUCCCAGCCCUAUCUUCAGAUCUUUCUGCCUCUCAGCUUGCUUCAGAAAAUUUAAAAAUCACACUAGUAAUCAAAACAUACAUAACCUUGGAACAGAAGGAAGUACUGUGGACCAGAAAAAUCCAAGAAUUGUUCAAAAAAAGUGCUACCCUGGAAAAUACCCUUAAUACCGUUGAAAUCGUUAGAGUAACUUUAAGGCUUGUAAAUACAUAGAACAAAUAUUUAAAAACAUAAAAAAGGAAUUGACUCAAUACUAUUUCUUUUCACUUUCAAAAUAUAAGGAACAAAAUAAAGACGAGCAUUGCAAGUUUAAAA